ACUCGGUGUUUGGCUGUCCGAUUAAAACGUACGACUGAUGCUACGAGUGGAUAAAACAGUUGGUCGGAUAAUCGCGUUUCUCCUCCAUCAUGGGGAAAAAAGUUUUUGUCAUGAAUAGAAAGAAAUAAUUGUCAAACAAUUGUUCAAACAAUUUCAUCGCGUUUCUCAACAUUUUUUCUUUUGUUAUGAACGGCUUAUAUUACAAUCGUUGGUAGUUCGUAGUCGCAACAGCCAAGUGUAGUAAACACAGAUCCGUAAACAGUUUAUCGCUUCUCGAUCUUCUCUUUGUUUAUGUCGAAAAAUAUGUCGAAUCUGUUUGAACUCGAGCAUUCUAUCAUCGUCAGAGUGAAAAAUUCACUGUAAAAAUUGUCGAGUGGUGAUCGAUGCGAGCUUUGCCCGAUAACGUCGCCCUUAACGAAUUUCCAUUCGAUGGAAGCUUGUCCCUCGAACGAAACGGGCUUCUGGUGGUGGUCGUCGUCGUUCCUCCUAUCCGAAACAGAAAUUCCGCCCGACUAUGACGAAAAUACACUCCCUCGACAGAGAGGACCGGCUGAGAGUGCGCAGGAGCUUCUGGAAUCGACGGAAUCGCGACACGGAGGGGGUGUUGUUGGCUGAUUUACGCAAGCGCGUGGCAUUUCCCGGGAAUCGGGACUUUCCGGGUCUCCGACACGGUUUUCCCUCGUCCGGCUCACUUCAGCGGGCGACGUGGGACACGGCAACAGGUGACGGGGAGCGACUUUGCGCAAACAUCAUCGAAAGGAUCGCGAGCUGAAAGCUGAUCGCGGAACGGGUGACGCUGACGCUGACGCUGACGCUGACGCUGACGCUGACGCUGGCGCUGACGCGACGGUGACGUGUGCCAAUCUGACAACCACGCGUCAACUCUUGAUAUCACAGUCGAACGAUAUCGUCGAUAUCGGUCAACCGUACCUCCAACGGUAAGCCGGCGAACCAUCAGGGAGGUCAGUCCUCGAGGGAACACCUGGAGAGCGGAAUUAUCGAGGGAAAAUGAGCGUCGAGGACGCCAUCAACUAUAAACCCAGCGAGGAGGAGGAUUACUAUGCCCUCCUCUCGUGCGACGAGUCCGCGACGGUGGAACAAAUUACAGCGGAGUACAAGGUUCUGGCUCUCCAGUGCCACCCCGACAAGAACCAGGGAGACAAGGAAGCCGAGAGGAAGUUUCAGCAACUGAAGCACGCAAAAGAGGUUCUUUGCGAUCCUGAGCGAAGAAGCAACUACGAUAAAUGGAGGCGUAGCGGAAUCGCUAUCAGCUACAAGCAGUGGCUUGGGAUGAAGGAACAUGCUCAGCAAUCGAUGCACUGGAGCAAACCGAAGACAAAGGAUCGCAUGCUGCAGGAUGCGAGCGGAGAGGCUGCAGGUUCUCCGGGGCACACCAAGGUCCAAGCCCCGAACGCGCACAGAAGAGCCUCGGAGGGUGGUGCAAAUAUUUACUACGGUGCACGUCGAGACCUCGGCUGGGAGUCUCAGGCGCCUAGCGAGGUGGCCAACAAGUUCCGCAACUACGAGAUCUAAGUUAGUCGACGGGGAUUCGAGGGU